GGCAGCAACACGGCACUCCAGCUCUCUCUACCUUGACAGAGGAGACCAGCAUAACACCAUGAGCACAACACAUUUGGACAAAAAUCAACAACAGCAACAGUGCGCAAACAUGAAGCACCAGCUUGAGGAUGAGAACUCUGACAGUGAUGCAGAGACCAGCAUACAUCAGGAAUCUUCUCUCCCAUCUGCUAUGGAGAUCCAUCCCUCUUCUUCUUCAACUAACCUCAUCCUACCGUCACCUUCUCAACGGAGAUCUAUCUCCAUGGGGGAUUUUCGGAGAGUCCCUGCUGGACAGAUGGGCUCUGAGCCCCACUCUACAGCUGUCACUGCCCCCUCCUCAAAGCUGGUAACCCCCAGCUCGAGUACGGAGUUUGAGGCUGCUCGCCGACGCCUUCUGGAGGUGGAGGAGAGGCAGCGCGUCAUCAGGGAGACGGAGAGACGACUGGAGGAGCUCAGGGAGGUGUUUGUCCGCUCCGAGCAGGAGGCUGUGGAACACGGAGAGUUGGUGGCACGCAUCACCACUGCUGCCCAACAGGGCGAGCUGUAUGUGGCAGAGAAUGGAAAGCGGUUGAAAAAAGGAUUGCGGUUUAAACGGCACAGGCCCACUAUUGUCUUCGCCUCCAUGCUGGGACUGAGAACGUGCCUCCCUUGGCCGGUCAAACUCAAAUAGCAAAAUGUGUCACCAUGGCAUCACUCUCUUCAGAACUAAGGAUGUCAAAGGGUCAUUAUUGCUGUUUGAUAGGAAAUGCUCUAAAUGUUUUCUUUAUCUGUAAAUAUUGUUAACUGGAAACUUAAAUGGUGCUCCAUUUAAACCGAAAGGCAGCCCAUCGAAAUGGUGCAUGCCUCAUUUUUGCUGCUUGACUAUGAGACACUGGAGAUUUGCUGUUUUGACUGACCUAGAGCUCUGUGCAUGUGCUACACUUGUUUAUAAGGUUGCUUAGUGGUGCAGUGUCUGCGAUAAUAUGUGAAUGACAAAGAACAGAGAGAAGGGUGCUAUAGCUCCAGAGAAAGUCACUCAGGUUUAGUUCCCUGUGAUUGUUCCACAGAAGGAAAAUUAAAAAAGGUUUUUGCAUUUACAUCCUCCUCCUGCUGCAGUAAGGUGAGCAAAAAUAGAGUGUUUUGUUUGUCAGACUUUCUUAGAACCUUUCCACUUGUCUUACUAAAGGGCCAAUGGGCUCAAGGAUCAUCCCUAUGAUUGUAGGACCUGUAGGGGUCUGAGAAAAGUGGGAUUUGUCAGGAGGUAUGCACAUGCUUUAUUCCUCUCAUUUGAGUGCCCAGAUGCCCCCUUUUGAGGGAAGAAAGGAGUGGAGAUCACUCUCUCUCUAUAUAAACAUUCCAUCUGUGACUUCUCUCAUUCCCUGUCGCCUAGCAACCUUGACCUUGAUUUCAUUUCCUUCAGAAUGUAUUUUCAAAUCAACAGAUCAUCCAAAAUUACGGCUCAUGAAUGAAAGGUGGAGGACAUUUUGAGCUUCUUGCUGUAUGAUUUAAUUCACAUUGCUAGUAAGUUUGACUAUACACUAAUAAGAAUGCCUUUUGCAGUGUAACAUGAACCUAGAUAGUAUAUGCACUGGGUUUUCACUGGGUCUGCAGGACGUUUAGCAAUCUUAAGAAAGAUUUAAAGAUUUCUCUCAUCAUUUACUCAUCCACUAGUUUUAGUUUUUGAUUAACUAUUCCUUUAACAUAAUAUCACUCACUUGAUAAUAAGCGGAAAUGGACAAUGGAAUGGCAAAUAACAGGUAACAUACUGGUUGCUAUAACUUUUUCAGCUUCAGUUAAAAUUUAGCAUAUUUAAUAAUGAAUUGGAUGUUUUCUAAGGCAACAGUGUUCUGAUGGAAACGUCCAGUCUUCUCUGCUUUUCCUCUUUCUCUUAGACCAAACAGCUCCAGCUUAGCCUCAUUUGAAUGGUGAAGUGUGUUUUGGGACCUCAGGAAAGCACAGGGGAGUUCUAUUCUUGGCUUGAACCGGUUAAGGCUGGAAGAUUCUGAAAGAAGUGAUGUGAUCUGGCUAGACUUGUAGGUCUUCAGUGAACAGAAUAACCUUACCUAGGGCAGAUAGAUUUAUGCAGUACCAUGGAGUAGGCCAGCAGGACUGUACAUCACCACGGAGAAUGUAGCCUGCAAUCUGUUGACUUCUUGCUUCAUUGUGUAACCUAGACAGUCGUUCUACUUGCUGCAUCAUAUCCGAAAAAACAUUUAAUCGUUGCAUUAUAUUAUGCAAUAUGUACAUCUUUGUUUUCCAUAGUUAUAAAAUGUUUUCCUGUAGUAAGGUCUGCAGUAUACUACUGUAUUCUAUAUAUGCUACUGCCUGCCUGGUGCUUUUUUGUCUUUGCAGCUCUGUGUGACACCCACGCGUGUCUGUGCGUGUAAUGCCGUUGCAUUUAUGUCAGGAGAUAUGAGGGGGCAGGAUGCCUGCAGACUGCAAUCUUUCAUUCUUUUAUAUCGACGAGGCAUUGAAGAAACACAGCAGAGGUGACUGAUUCUGAAUCCAAGGGCUACUUACAGUCUUUCAAUGAAAGAGCACCUGGGUGACUUUGGUUGCGUGGAUCUCCCUCAUUUUUGGGAGGGAUUUGAUUUAGGCAGCUGUAGAUUAUAGCAGAUUUAGGACACACGAAUGGCUGCUUUAAAGUCCCAAAGACAAUGAAUAUCCCUGCCACGUUCUUUAGCUACAUAUCAACCACAAAUUAAACUGCAUGUUCUAAAUAUUGUUGAAAGCCUCUGAAGUGGGUAAUAAACCGUUUUUAUAAAAAAUAUAGGCUGCUUCACUGGAAAUCUAAUGAGCUCCCCUGCAAAGAUUUACCAUUGAUUACCAUAGAUUCUGCCCAAAUACUGUCAUUACUACGAUAACUACCAUUAUAGCUUAACAUGGACUCUCCUUUAAACAGUGUCACAUGCUUUAAUUUCUUUUUCUUUUUAUGACAAGGUGGCUAGUAGUAAGUUAGCCCAAUUUAACACCAAUCAUUGUCAGUUACCAUGGUAAAGUUUUGGAAGGGUCUUUAGUUUGUAUAAACGUGUUUCUCACAGGCAUUUAUUACUAGUCUCAAAAAGCUAUAUAGAGUUGCAUAUUUAUCAAAUGCCUUAUUUAUCUCCUUUAUUGUACAUAUGGGGUUCAUUUACACUCUAUUGUAAAGGACACUUCAGCCUGAGUCACUCUUAAGUGCUGAUAUUUGCACUGCACCUUUUAUGAGUUUUGCUAAGACUGGUAUUAAAAAAAAAAAUGCUUUUCCAAAGAUCUUUUUGUGCCCACUCGCAGGAUGAAUGUAAAGUCUGUCCUUUGUGUCCAUGUCUCAUGAGGUCAUCCUAUGGGGUUUCAUCAUGAGACUCUAAAUGUAUAAAUCUUUGUAAACAGUUUUGUGUGUCCUGCUUAGUUUUGUUGCAUUUACUUAUUUAUAUAAGCUGAUUCAUUAUUUGUUCUUUCAGUUGUAAUAUAACAUUCUCCUUGCUAAUGUACAUCUUACUGCUCUUAACUAUUAAGCUUGUAUUUCUGUUCUGAAAAAAUUCAUUUAGUAGGGUUUACAGACUCUUUUAACUUUAAAUUUAAGCUUUGACUAUAUUCGUUUAAAUGCUUCUGAACACUAUAAGAAUGUAUCACACUUUGAAAUCAUGUAUUUAAUGUGCUUAGCAAAGUUUUAUUCAAGAUGAAACUACAUUUUGGCUUUGUCUUUAAAAAAUGUCCUAUUCUGUAAUUACUGUUAUGUAAACUUUUGUUUCACAGAGCAAGAUUCAACAGUUCCAAAAUACCUUGUUUCUUGUCUAAAAGAAUGUAUGCAGAAGCAUCUCACUGAAUUUUUGCUGCAUAAUUUGUUCAGUUUGCUAAAAGAAAAA